AAAGUCACCGUAGUUGUGUGUAGUGGUGAAGGUGCUCUAUUCGACGGACAGAAAAGUUGGUGUCUAUUAUUAUUAUUUCUUUUUCUAUGGUUAUUUUUCUGAAAUUAAAGAAAAAGGCAAAAAAAAAAUAAAGUACAAUAUCUAAAUAAAAAUACAGUAGGAAGACGAUGAAGCAAUAGUACAUAAAUUAAAGAAAAUCAAAUAUUACCAAAAAUCGAGCUAAAUAUUAUUUAGUAAAAAGUGCCACACAUCCAGUCUGCGGGAAGUGAGACAUCUAAAAUAAAAUCUCCACAAAAACAGACUGCGUUUGCAAUAUACAAUUUUUUUCUUAAGUUGCAAAAUUAUUUACCCAAAAAGAAAUAAACAUCUUAAAUUAUGUCAAAUCAAAUACAUUUAACAACAAAAAUAACAAAAUUUCAUAAUUUUUGUUAUUGUUGCGUUAAAAAUGGUGCAUUAUUUUUGUUAUUGCUUGUGUUUAUGGCCAAUACACUGGCGGUUACAGCCACACAAUCAACAUCGUCUACGUCGUCAAUGAUGGAUGAUGGUAAUAGCCAAGCAACAGAUGUUGACUUAAAAGGCAAAUUGGUAUUUGCCCAUGUGAUUUAUCGUCAUGGUGAUCGUACGCCCAUUGAUCCAUAUCCUACAGAUCCUUGGCGUGAUGUAAAACAAUGGCCAACUGGUUGGGGUCAAUUGACUAAUAUUGGUAAACAACAGCAUUAUCAUUUAGGACAAUGGCUGCGUAAACGUUAUGGCAGCCUUUUAAGUGACACCUAUAAUAAGGAUGAGAUAUAUAUACGUUCUACCGAUGUUGAUCGUACGCUAAUGAGUGCUUUGUCAAAUUUGGCCGGUCUAUAUGAACCGGUUAAAAAAGAUGUCUGGAAUCCGGAAAUACAUUGGCAACCAAUACCAGUUCAUACACAAUUGGAAAAAUCGGAUCCGGUUCUUGCCGGCAAAGCACCUUGUCCAGCCUAUGAAUAUGCUCUUUCGGCUUUAAAAAAUUCUCCCGAAAUGCAAGCACUUAACGAUCGUUAUGCUUAUCUAUAUAAUUAUCUUACUAAAUAUACUGGCAUGACCGUUGAUUCUCUGGAAUAUGUGCAACGUAUAAAUAAUACCUUAUUCAUUGAGGAACUUUAUAAUAAAACUUUGCCAGAAUGGACAAAAAAAGUUUAUCCUAGUACAGAUAUGACUUAUAUAGCAGAUUUUACAUUUUCCCUUAGCACCUAUACCAGACAAAUGGCACGUCUCAAGGCAGGACCUUUGAUCAAAGAAAUGCUAGAAAGAUUUGUAGACAAAUCAAAGGGUAAAUUAAAUCCUAAUCGUUCAUUAUGGAUCUACUCGGCUCAUGAUACUACAGUGGCAAAUGUUUUGAAUACUUUAAAGCUAUAUGAUCUGCAUAGUCCUCCUUAUAUUGCCUGCAUAAUGUUGGAAUUACGUUUAGAUGAAAAAUUACAACCUUAUGUAUCGAUUUUCUAUAAAAAUACCACUGCUGAACCGGAACCUUUAUAUAUACCCGAUUGUGGUGUUGCUUGUCCUCUUAAUCAAAUGUUUAAUAUAUAUAGUGAUAUUUUACCAAAAGACUGGGAAAGUGAAUGUAAACUUUCCACAUUAAUGAUGACUUAUGAAGAAGCUAAUGUUGGAACAGCUAUGGGUAUUUUAGUUGCUAUUAUAACCAUUAUGUUAUUCCUUUCGUAUGUUGUCAUGAUUUACUACCGACGACGCAGUUACAAAAAUCACUACUCCUACAUACAGCAAAGCAAAUUGGAUGCCUAAAAUAAAAUUAUUUCAUCAACUUCAUUUCUGAUUUAUUGAAUGCCUUCCUUCUACAACAAACUUUGAUACUCAAAAUUAAUUACUAAAAAAAUAUCAUAUUAUUAUAAUUAUUGUUUUUGUUUUAGUUUUUCAUAAAAAUACAUUUUUUUUUAAGUUUCAUAUUAUGCAUUUUUACACAAAACCUAUUGCAUUUGUUAUUGUUCUCAAAUUUAAAAAUAUUCAUGCCAAAAAACAAAGAUAAUUAAUGAAUGCAUUUGUUAAAGUUUAUAUUUAUUAAUUUUUUGUUAAAAAACACAAAAAAAGCAUUUGCUAUUUUUUUUUAAUAAUUGUAAUUUGAACAUAUUUAUCAUAAAAUAAAAAUCAAAGUCAUUUAACAUUGUGAUUCACAUUUUCAAAACCAAUUGUGGUUAAUAAGAAAAAACAAAAAAUUUAUAUUUAACAUAAAAAUUUAUACAAACUAAAUAGUUAUUUAAGACAAAAUUGACUCAAAAACACUCUCUCAAUAAUUUGUUAUUUGAGCAUUUUUUUUAAUAAAUUAAUUAAUAUAUAAAUGUAAAAAAGUUGUUAUUCAUGGUAUUUGUUAAACAAAAAGAAAAAAUAAUAAUUUUUAAUGUUUAUUUGUUAAUUACAUAAAUAAAAUGUGUUGUAUUUUUCGCUUAAAAAUUAUUAUUAAAGAAAUUAUCAAUUUAUCUUUAACUCUAUGUAAAUUAUUAAUGUAAUUUUAAAAAAUAAUUUUCACUUUGUUAAAAAAAAACAUAAAAGAAAACACUCAUCAUUUUAAAUGUUAACAAAAACAAACAAAGUCACAAAAUUUGUGUUUUUUUCUUAACAUUUUUUAUACAUUUAAUUGAUAAGACUUUUAACUGUAUUUCGUUUUAUUAAUCAUAUACUAAACCUGCAUAAAUAUAUUUUUUAGAUAUUAAACAAUUUUUGAAAAAAAAAAA